AAAUUUAAUCAACAACACAUUGCUAUGAGAAUCAGCUUGAUGUGUUAAUUUGAUAACAAUGAUAUAAUUUAUGAAAUAAAUAAUUAUUCAUCUUGUUCAUAUUUAAAACAUUAAUUUCAUUUAAAUUUUUAAGGAUAAAAAUGAGUCAUAAAUUGAUUAAUUGUUGAGGUAAUUUUUAAUCAAGUAUUAUUAUAAAUAAAUUAUAUUUAAUAUGGAAAAAAAAUUGAGUGUAGUGAUAGUCGGAUCUCAGUCAGAGAUAUAUCGAGUACAGAAAGAGACAAACCAAAAAGUAUAUGGGUGGGUGGUAAAAAGUGAGAUGAGAGAAAGAUAUUGAUUGAAGGGAAGAAUGCGCGCACACAGAGAGUGUAUUACUCUUCUCACGUACAACCAUCCAGCGAACCAUCCCAACCAACCAACCAACUACAACAUCCAACACAUUUUGUUACGCCCGUGGUCCUCCUCAGAGUGUUAGCCAGAACAGUUGUCAAACUGAAUUACUUUCAGACACUUUGCUCUAUAUUCCAAAAAUAAAUAUCAUCAUAUAUUUAUUUUUUUUUAUUUUUUGUUUUUUAUAACAUCAACAAAUAAUAUUUAUAAAAUAAAUAAAUAAUAUUAUAAAUCUAAUAAAUAAAUAUUAUAUUUUAAAUAUUUGAUAAAUAAUAUCAACAGUGAAUUGAACAAGACAAUUAUUUUAAAUAAAAAAAUUAAAAAAAUAAAAAUUUAAAUGAUGAAUCAAAGAGUUGAGGCGUGACGAGACUCAAUGAGAAUUGCUCAUUGCUUUUUUUACGGAAGAGUACAGUAGAAAAAAAAAAAAAAAAAAAACAAGGAAACAAAGAGACAAAAAAAUUAAAAAAUAAAGAAAGAUAAAAGUUGAGAAAUAAAACGGUGAGGAAGAGGAGGAUAUUGGUGGUCGCGCCCAACGAAGUGUGACUAGUAUGCCGGACGUUGAACAGACUAUGAGCUUUCAGAUGAAGUCGAGUAUUUGAACUGAAUUGUUGUUGAAUUUUAUCAUUAACAAUUAAGUAUUAAUAUCAGAAUAAAUAAUAAAUAUAAUCAUAUUAAAUUAUUAAAAUAAUUAAGUAAAAAAAAGUACGAGAGAAAAAGAAAAAAUGUCUGACAGUGAAGAUACAGAUGCUUCUGGUGCAGCGGAAUGGCCAGUGACACCAAUAACAAAAGAAUGGCUUGAAAAUAUGUUAACAGCACAUCAUGGUAAUGGAUCAAUAAUAAAUGUUGAUGAUUUUAAUAUUAGUCCAGGAUGUACUACUGGUGAAUCAGUGCUCAGUGAUAUUCUUGCUGUCAAUGUUGAUUAUACAUUAAAUUCUGAUGAUGCCAAACGUAAAUUAAGUGUCAUGGUUAAAUUGCUUCCUCAAGAUCCAUACAAUCGUUUUUUUGUAACUGAAGCACAAUUUGAUCUUCGUGAAAUUAAAUUUUAUACUCAGGUUGUAGCAGACUUGGAAGCAUUCCAAAAAAAGCAAUUGUCUUCAACUGAUAGAGCAAUCAUUGAACUUCCAAUAGCAAAAUGUAUCCACGCCCAUUAUAAACCAGCAGGAGGUACUGAAGAUACACCAGAACCACCAGAAUCAUUUUUAGUACUUGAAAAUCUUCGUACUCGUGGUUUUGAAGGUGCUGAAUUUUCACGUGGUUUAACAUUGAGACAAACUGAAGCUGCAUUAAGUGCAAUAGCAUGUCUUCAUGCAUUAUCAUUAACUUUAAAAGUUAAAGAAAAUAAAUCAUUGUCUGAACGUUAUCCAUUUUUAUUUCAAACAGCAAAAGCAACUGAUUCUUAUCAAAUGUUAGUUGAACGUGGUUUACCACAAUUAGCACGUUUUCUUGAACGUCGACCUGGUCUUGAAGCUGUACUUGAAGCAUUAUUGGCACUUAGACCAAAAACCAAAGAAAUUAUAUCAUCAUUACUUGCACCAGAAAAUCCACUUGCAUUAAUAACACACACCGAUUUUUGGUGUAAUAAUUUAUUAUUUAAAUUUGAUGAUGAUGAAAAUUGCAAAUGUGUUAUACUUGAUUGGCAAAUGGUUACUUAUAGUAGACCAACAAAUGACAUUGCAUUAUUACUUGUUAGUUCUGUACCAACUGAAUUAAGAAGAAGAAAUACUGCUGGAUUAUUGGAUAAAUAUUGGGAAACUUUAAAUAAUACUUGUCAUUCACUUGGUCUUGAUAUUCAUGAAGAACUUGGAUAUACUAGACAAGAUCUUGAUGCUGAUUAUCGACGUUCACAAUUACUUGCAUUAUUACUUUGUAUUGGUUCAGUUGAUGUUGCAUUUGGUGAUCCACUUACUGAACAAAGACUCAUUGAUGUACUUGAAGAUCUUCAUAAUGAUGGGGUUCUUAAUCUUGAAACAAUUGACGUUGCAAAGUAGUUUUAUUUAUUUUUUUUAAAUAUGUAUAUUCAUCAGCAAUGACAUAAAUAAAAUUAAAUAAAAAUAACAAGACUUCAAAAGAAGAAAAAAAAAAUAAUUAUAAGUAAAGAUUAUUCAAAAAUUUGUGAUGUUUUUCUUAAACAAUUAUUUCCAUUUUAUAUUUAUUUAUAAAACAAUAAUGUUGAUGUUUUUUUUAUUACUUUUUACUAUUGAAUGUUCAAUUAAUUAUUCGAUUUUUUUUACUUGAUAAUUUUAACUUCGUACAUCAAUUUUAUACGUCACCAAAGUGUACUGAUUAAUUUCAUUGAAAGUGCUCCAAAAGAAAAAUAAUAAUAAUAAUAGAAUAAAUAAUAUUUAUAAUAAUAAUAUUAAUAAUAAUAAAUUGUAAGACAGCAAAAGUUGGUAGUGAGCCAAAAUAGUGAAACUGCUAAUAUAUUGCAUUCGACUGAGGCUCAAUAGAGGUGUAGAGCAUGCUAUGAGCUUUCCCGUAUCAAAUUAAAAACAAUUAAAUACUCAAAGAAACUGAAAUAUUAAGAAACAACAAAAAAAAAAGAAAAAAGUAAUU